UGCUGAUUAGAUUUCAGGCUCCCAGGAACAAUCAGAAUAAGGAGAGGCCUGGCUAAGGAGUGAGGGUCCAGAGAAUGUGGACCGGAUAUAAGAUACUAAUUUUCUCUUAUCUGGCUACAGAAAUAUGGACAGAGGGGAGUUCUUUGUCUGGAAGAGACGCGGGCCCGGGAGCGGCUUCCAGCAGGAAUCACAGCAGCUCGGAAGGUACUCGCUUGAAAAGGGCUGUGUUCCCAGGCCGCUACUGUAGCGCCCUGGGGUGCUGUGAAGACAGAGAUGAUGCCUGUGUAACUCCGUUCUAUGAGGCAGACGCGGUGUGUUACUGUGAUAGAUUCUGUGAGAGGGACCAUUCUGAUUGCUGUCCCGAUUACCAGUCCUUUUGCCGUGAAGAAAAGGAAAGGCCCAAAGCUCUGCCUUGGUAUUCGGAAGGUUGCCUCAGAGAUGGGCAGCACUUCGAAGAAGGAUCGGUAAUUAAGGAGAACUGCAACCCCUGCACCUGCUCUCAACGACAGUGGAGAUGCUCCCAGCACGCGUGCCUCGUCCGCCCAGAGUUACUGGAACACAUCAAUAAUGGAGACUUUGGGUGGACGGCCCAGAACUACAGCCAGUUCUGGGGAAUGACGCUGCAAGAGGGGUUCACACACCGCCUGGGCACGAUGCCUCCUGGCCCCACGCUGCUGAGCAUGAGUGAAGUCACAGCCUCCUUACCCGCCCACACUGACCUCCCAGAGAUUUUCAUUUCUUCUUAUAAGUGGCCCGGAUGGACUCACGGCCCUUUGGAUCAGAAAAACUGUGCUGCAUCGUGGGCAUUUUCCACCGCAAGCGUGGCAGCUGACCGAAUUGCAAUUCACUCCAAAGGUCAGUACACCGCUAACCUGUCCCCCCAGAACCUGAUCUCCUGCUGUGCCAAGAGCCGCCUCGGGUGCCACGGUGGGAGCAUCGACAGAGCUUGGUGGUUCCUGAGAAAACGUGGGCUGGUGUCGCACGCGUGCUACCCGCUCCUGAGGGACCCGCGGCCCGACGCUCACGCGUGCGCCAUGGAGAGCCGGGCGGCCGCGCGGGGCCGGCGGCAGGCCACGAGGCCGUGUCCUAACAGCCUGGAGAAGUCCAACCGCAUCUUCCAGUGCUCGCCCGCCUACCGCGUCUCCUCCAACGAAACCGAGAUAAUGAGGGAAAUCAUGCAAAAUGGACCCGUGCAAGCCAUAAUGCAGGUCCACGAGGAUUUCUUCCACUACAAAACAGGCAUCUACAGACACGUGGCCAGCUCACGCGAAGAGUCCAAGUACAGGAAGCUGCGGUCACAUGCAGUGAAGCUCACCGGAUCGCUGCCAAUUCCUGGGGAAAGUCUUGGGGAGAGAAUGGCUAUUUUAGGAUUCUCCGCGGAGUCAAUGAGUCUGAUAUUGAGAAGCUCAUCAUUGCCGCGUGGGGUCAACUGGCACGUUCCGACCAGGAGCCGUAGCCGUCCGGGUCCGCCGUCCAGGUCCGCCGUCCGGGUCCGCGGGCCGAGCACCUGGGCAGGUCUCACAGCGGCUUCAGCCACGCCGUGUCCCGGGGUGCGUGGACAGCGUCCGUCUUCAUGUUUUGCCCAGGUUUGAUUCUUGGGCUUCCCUUCCACUUCUGAGUUUGUGAGAACACGAAUAAAAGGCAGCGGAGGGGGCUGAUGCCUUUGAA